AUGGACGACGGUGGAGGAGUGAGAGCAGGAUGUAUUCGGAUCAGGUGUCCGUCGCCACGGAGAAUCAUGUCUCGGUUGUUCUCCUCGCCGGAAAAAAUCAAAGGAAAGAAGACAGCUAUGGCGGAAGUACAGGUGCGAGACUCUGACGCGGCGAGGAUCCGAAAUUUCUCGGAGGAUGGUCAUGGAGUCGUCGAAUUUUCAGAUUCGCCACCACCGACGACGAUCGAUUCCGAAUUGCAAAGAAGAGAGUUUUUGUUCAGUAUUGGAGUGAGUUGCUAUCUGUUACAUCUGAUUGUUACUAGUAGAGAAGAGAUUCACAAGAUAGUCAAGCUACGUAACGAUCUAGAGAAGUUUCUUGAAUGUAAGAACGACGAAUUGAGGCGAAAACAGCAAGAGUUUGUCGAGUUACGGAACGAUAUAGAGAAGUUUAUAGAGUUUCACAACGACGAACUGAGGCGAAAACAGCAGCGAGAGAGAAGUGAAACUCCUGCGUAUUCCACCAUAAGUGACGUUGUCGAUGGACCGGAGUCUUCUACUACUGAUCAUUAUUACUCACCACAGUUCCUAGAGACAUCUUUGUCUACUAGACGUGAAGGGUCUUUGAAACAUUACGUAUUUAAAGGAGGAGAAGAAGAUUUUGGAGGAGAAAUGGAUCAGCUUGAAGCAGAACUUGAAGCUGAGUUUGAGCUUCUUCAGAUUGGUCAAGACCAAGAUGGUAAAAGUUAUCUGCUCAAGGAGGAGGUUUCAGAGAAGAGUGAGGAUUUACAAGGAUUAAGGUUUGGACACAAGUGUCCAGGACUAGUGGAGGAACAAAGACAAGGAGUGUGUCCUUACGAGCUAGAGAGGAGGUUACACGAGCUAAUGGAGACAAGACAAGAAGAAGAGAUAAAGGAGCUUGAGAUUGCAUUGGAAGAUGCUAAACAAAGGCUUCUUUUGAAGGAGACGGAAGCUUCUUGGUGGAAAGACACUGCUUAUAUAGUCUCUGAACAUAUACCAGAACCUUCUAGAAUCAAUUCCAACUCUCAAUCUCGUCGUUACCCUCUCUCUAGGUGA